AUGAGAUACAGAAAACAAAACCAGAUAAGUUAUGUCCGCAAACCAUUUAACAUAAGACCGUUUGGAGUCAAAACAUCAUUCAACACAUCAUCAGAUGAACGACUCGUUGGAGAUGGGAUAAAAAACAAAACAGAACAUGAACAAUACAUAAAACAACGAGGACCAACUUUCUUUGCUCAUUACAGAGAUAGUAAAGAACAGAAAAAUGCAAUGAAUGCAAAAGUUGAAAAAUCUAAUGAAAACAUGCUCGAUGGUGAAAACAUGAAAGAACAAACAAACAAACACAGAAAGAACAAUAAAAUAGUGAAUGACAAUGGUAAAAAUAUGGAUGAAACAAUAACUGGUCGUAAAACAGAGAAACCUAGCAUAAGAGUAGAGAAAGGUUCUCCUUUAGCCCUAUUUGACUCUUCUGAGCUUAAAGAUAAAGAAUUACAAUCGAAUGGGAUUGAAAACGAGAAUUUAAAAGAGUCAGAGUAUUUGGCAAGACAUGUCAACGAUGAAAACUCUGACAUUAAACCACAUAUUAAUAAUAACAUCAUAUCUUCUCCUGUGCAACAUGAGGCGAACGUGAACGCUGAGAGCUCCGACAUCAAAGCAGGUAUUAUUAACAUCUCUCUUCCUUUGCAACGCGUGGCAAAUGUGAACACUGAAAUCUCUGACAUCAAAACAGGUAUUAAUAACAUCUCUCUUCCUUUGAAACGCGAGGCAAAUGUGAACGCUGAAAGCUAUGACACCAAACCAAGUAUUAAUCGCAUCUCUCUUCCUUUGCAACGCGUGACAAAUGUGAACACUGAAAGCUCUGAUAUCAAACCAGGUUUUAUUAACAUGUCUCUUCCUUUGCAACGCGUGGAAAACUUCAAAGAAAGCCAACACGAUGCACGAGAAUAUCAUAAUUUAACACAAAAAUAUCAUGGAAACGAGCCUGGAGAAUCAACCAGUUUGAACUCAAAACAACUAGACAAAUAUGAACAUCAAAAUCUUUAUCAAUUACAGCAGGCUGUUAAAGAAAAGUUUACGAAGCAAAACCCCAAUAGUUUUUCAGAAAAUUCAAGAAACAAAAUGAGAAAAUAUUCAAGCAAGUUAACUGAAACAUAUGCGUAUAUUCGAGGUGCGAUAAAAACAAUUCCAUCACAAACAAUUCACAUCUUUCAUUCCAGAAGCAAACCUUUACAGUUAAUUCCAAUCCAAGAAAAGAGCUUGACUACGACAAUACCGAAGUUUAAAAAAGUCGAGGCGAGUUUAAAUCACAAGAGCUUCGUAAAAAUCCUGGAAAAGAGCCCAGUGACAAAAAUGCGCGAAUUCACAGAUAAAGAAUCAUCAGAUCCAGCGGUUUCUUCCGAAAGUGGUAAGGAAGAUAUGGAUACAAGCAGUUUGAAUCUUCCAUCAUCACGACUGGCAACGCAGUUAUUGCAGCAGAAUUCAAAUGAUAUUAAAAUUUUAUCAAAACCAGAAGAGAUCCAAAGUAAUGAUAGAGAAACAGCAUUAUCAAACUUGGAAAAUCGUCUAAUAUCAUCGAUUGAUCCAACUGAUCUAUCAUCUUAUAAACACACGAUAGAUAUAGCAGAACGAACAGGCACAGGAGACGUUGUACCAGUCAAUAUGAAUGCAAAAAGUGCGGAGAUCAACGCUAUUACAAACCCUUCAUCAAUACCAAACGAUGCAGAUGAAAGGAUACCAUCCGAGCAUGUACUUGUCUCACCUGAUAGUACCAAAGAAGUGGAUAUAAUGAAAUCUAUGUCUGGCGACCAGGACGGUAGAUUGGCUGCAUUACAAGAUCUUCAAGCUUUGACAAAAGUACAAAAAGAACUAGCAACACAGGAGAAAGAGACGUUUUCAAAUCCGAUGUUUCUGAAAAAAAUCUCCAAUCGCCCUUCGAUCUCAGGCAUACCGGUAGAUUCGCUGGAUAUAACUCACACCUCGACAAUGCCUCUUCGUGAAAGAGAAAAACUUGAUGCAACUCUCCUAUUUUCAAGUGCAAAGUUAAAACGAGAAGAUAAAGAUGAAACAGUUGAAAACAAGUUCGUCCCAGAGAGAGAAAACUUACAACUUGCAAUGAAGAACAAACUGACAGCAUCUAGUGCAAAUUUUUCACGCCCUAAACUCACAAAAAAUAUUCCUCAAACAGGUCGUUUAUAUUUUUCGCAACCUAAGAAAGCUGCUGCAUUUUCCAAGGAAAAUCGUUCAAAAUAUCGCACCGGUCACAACACAUCAAACACGGAAAAGUUAGUUAUAGAAAUCGUGAAACCUUCAUCAAAGUAUUUCGAAAUUAAACAAAAUAAAACAAACAAAAAGCCAAUUGACGGCCCAAUCAGAGAGGCAGACAUCUUUUUGAAGUCAGAGAAAUUGAACACAAAACCGUUCAAUGCUUCAAGUCAUGCACAAAAAGCUUUGGAGAGAGAAAAGUCUCAAACAUCUAUAUUCUUACCAAAUUCUCCCUUGAAUCCUAAAGGUGACUUCUUGUUUCUGGAUGAUGAUACAAAAACAACGGGUAGGGCAGGCACAAUAAAAUUGUUAUCUAAAAGUAACUUAAGCAAUGAAGAAAAAAUGAAAUUGAUUAAAGAAUAUCAAGACAGUCAGAAUACUUCGAACACAGCCAAAAUUGACGAUUCGAAGAUCAGCGAUAUGCUAAAGACAGGAAAGUUUACCGAACACGAUUUGAAAAGUGAUUUUGCUGGAAAAGAAGCAGCAUUACAAGAUGUGAUGAUGUUGGAAAUCGAACGAGAUUUAAAUGAAAAGAUAUCACAGGCUCAUUUGCGUGCAGCUGAACAGAGGAAGAUGAAAGAAAAUGAGAUAAAAAUAAGUCAGCAGGAGAAUGCCAUGUCUCUACCAGGAAAUUUAUCCCCGGACAUUACACUUCCUAGUAACAUAUCCCCUGGUGGAGCAAUCCCAGGAAUUUCACAAGGUACAACAUCACGACCACUAAAACACAUUCAACCUUCGGAAAAUACACUUCAAGAAUCGAGGAAGAUGAAAGAAAAUGAGAUAAAAAUAAGUCAGCAGGAGAAUGACAUGUCUUUACCAGGAAAUUUAUCCCCGGACAUUACACUUCCUAGUAACAUAUCCCCUGGUGGAUCGAUUCCAGGAAUUUCACAAGGUGCAACAUCAACAUCACUAACACACAAUCAAUCUCCAGGAAAUAUAUUACCAGAUACCACACGUCCAACGCAGAUGGAUAAGUUUUUGGAUGAGGAACAAAAGAUAUUAAGGGAUGACAACAAAUCAGAAGAUUACGAUACUUUUUCAACGACACAAACAACAAAGACACCUUACAGCUAUGGAGAUAAUUUACAAACUGACAACGAGCCGAGAUACGGAAGGAAACCCAUCAGAAAUGAAAUGAAACCAUAUGACAGCUUUGACUUUCCUAAUAUCCAAAAUUUGGUGGACUCGGUUCAGGGAUUGACGCCGUCAGAGAUAAAGGCUUAUGGGAUUGGUCUUCGCAAUGACGUAUACAUUGAUAAACUCGCACCCAGUCAUUCCUCCACUCAACAGUCAUUACAAAAUGAGUACUCGACCAUGGGUUUAGAGAAUGAAGGCAAUAUUAAACCGUUAUAUUACAUACGUAGAUCAAAGAUGAACAAAUAUUUAAAAAAUGAUAGAAAAUAAAAAUCUCAAUUCGACAUCACAGACCUCGCAAAAGCACAUAGACAACCAGGUAGUUUUAAAUGAAGAUUUAUCUGAUGACUGAACUACACGUGAGAUGAAAAACGCCGUGAUUUUUUUACAUUGUUCAAUAUAAAUAAGAUGGAAGCUUGUUAGAGCAUAUAAAACGGAUUGAAAAGAUUCUGAAAGUAGUUUUUGAAUCGCCAUUAAAGCAACUAAUGUUUAUAAAAAGCUGAAACUUUAACAAGAUGAGGUUCAUUUUAGAUUUGAAUCACUGGUGAGCUUACCAAAUUAAAAGAGUAAAAAUUGUUAAUUCAUUAUUUUAUUAAGAUCAAAGUAUACAUGUAAUUCAUUAAAAUAAUUUUAUAAUUAA